CAGUUUCCCUUUCUCUCUCUCUCUCUCAUAAAGAGAAAUGGCAUCAGCAGAGCAUCAUCCAUUCGAAUUUGAGACAGCCCUCAAAGACUUGGCUAAUUCUGCCAAUCUCAAAGCCGUUCCUUCUAAAUUUAAUUUCAUCAAUGAGUCCACUGCAUUACCUUGUGAUUCUCUCCCCGUCAUUGAUUUCUCUGCCAUCACCGCCGAAGACCCUGAUCGACGGUCCCAAGCCAUCAACGAUCUCUCCAAUGCAUGCCAAGAAUGGGGCCUUUUCAUUCUGGUGAAUCACGGGAUACCGGAGGAGUUGAUGAAUGCGACUUUCACUGCGACCAGGGAAUUUUUCAGUCUGCCAGAGUCAGAGAAGAAGCAGUAUGAAGCCAAGAGCGCUUCGGAUCCCAUCAAGUGUGGCAAUUUCAACGUUGCCGAUACCUCAAACCAGAUAUUCACCUUGUGGAGGGAGUACCUCAAACUCUACUUUCAUCCUGACUUUCACUGCCCCAACCAACCCCACCUCUUAAGGGAAGUUCUACUGGGGUAUAGCAAAAGAACCCUAAAAUUGGCCAGAAAACUGAUGGAAGCAAUGUCUGAUGCCCUGGAACUGGAACGAGAUUACGUGGACCAAGUUUUGAAACUCGACUCGAGCUUGCAGAUUUUAGCUGCAAAUCUCUACCCACCUUGCCCUGAACCCGACAAGGCAAUUGGGGUCCCACAACACACAGAUCCAGGUCUCUUCACCUUUCUCAUACAUAAUGGAGUGGCUGGACUGCAAAUUGAGCACAAUGGCCAGUGGUUUGACCCUGUUUCUCCACAAAAUUCUAUUUUAGUUAAUGUUGACGAUCAGCUUCAGAUUUUAAGCAACGGGAGAUACAAGAGUGUGAAGCACAGAGCCGUUUUGAAUAGCGAAAGAGAAAGAAUGUCAAUUAUUGUGGUCAAUGGUCCAUCGGGGGAGGCGGUCGUCGGCCCUGCCACGCCCCUCGUACAAAAAGACGGCCGUCCAUUGUAUCGUUCGAUGAGAUAUGUGGAGUACGUGGAGACACAGCUGACGAAAACUCGAAUCAACGGCAAAUCGCUCCUGGAACAGCGUAUGAUAUGAUAUAUCAGAGGAGAAGCUUUGAUUUUAUAUGACAGGUGUUAGUAAAAUAGGGGGAAAAAUGCAAACAAUCUUUUUGUGAUAUCAUUUUCAAUAUCACAGAGGAGUUGGUGGUAUUUUUUUCGAACCUUAUUAUAGCUUGUGUAUGCUUAAUUGUACAUGGUGCAAUACUCCCAAUAUUUUUUAUUAUA